AGCGAGAAGAAAUGACCAUGACUACUAUGCCAGAAAGCCUCAACAGCCCCGUGUCGGGCAAGGCUGUCUUUAUGGAGUUUGGGCCGCCCAGCCAGCAAAUGUCUCCUUCUCCCAUGUCCCACGGACACUAUUCCAUGCACUGUUUACAUUCUGCCGGCCACUCGCAACCCGACAGCUCCUACAGCACGGCCUCAUCCUUCUCCAGACCGCUGGGCUACCCCUAUGUCAACUCCGUCAGCAGCCACUCGUCUAAUCCCUACAUCAGUUCAGUGCAAUCCUAUCCCAACAGCUCCAGCCUGACUCAGACCCGGUUAGAGGAGACAGGAGCAGACUCGGAGAAAAGCACCGUGGUAGAAGGAGGGGAAGUUCGUUUCAAUGGGAAGGGGAAAAAAAUUCGCAAACCCAGGACUAUUUAUUCCAGUUUGCAGUUGCAGGCUUUGAACAGGAGGUUCCAGCAAACUCAGUACCUUGCUCUGCCGGAAAGAGCGGAGCUCGCAGCCUCACUGGGACUCACGCAGACACAGGUUAAAAUCUGGUUCCAGAACAAGCGGUCCAAAUUCAAGAAACUGAUGAAGCAGGGAGGGGCUGCCCUUGAGAGCAGCGCCCUGGCAAAUGGUCGGGCUCUGUCGGCCAGCUCGCCUCCAGUCCCCCCGGGCUGGAAUACUAGCAGCUCCUCCAGUAAGAGCUCCACUGGCAACGCGGGCACCUACAUCCCGAGCUAUACGUCGUGGUACCCCUCAGCCCAUCAAGAAGCUAUGCAGCAACCUCAGCUCAUGUGAUUUACAAAAACAUACCGACCCAGCUUCCUUCCUGCCGCCUCUCCCCACCCAGUACCCGGGUCCCCACUUGUCUCCCCAGCUCAGCCCAGUCCAGCCCACCCCCGGUUGACACGCACUAUGGGUCCAGAGGAGAAGAAGGGAGAGCCAAGGAAGGGAAAACAUAAACAAAGGAUGCAAACCACCACCGCCGCCAACCACCAUUGCUAAGCACCCGUCUCCAGACAGACCACAGAGUGCACAGGACCUCUUCAGACCGCGGACAACCUUCGGUUGGAUGGCGCUCCAAAUUCUGGCAUGCCGCAAACAAGCGCAGAUGUGAUGCGGGGUUGUUUCCCAUGUGCUGACAGCUGAGAAAGCUGCCUCUGAGCUCUGUUAGAUCACCCGGAGGACAGCCUGGGAGCAGGGAGACAAUUCGACCCUCAGCUUUGUGGGGCGAUCAGAAAACAAAACAAUGUUUGUAGAAACACGCUCUUUUCUGUCCUGUCUGUCUCCUCGUCUUCUUUCUCUCUGUCUCUGUGCCCUGAUCAAAUAUAGGUCAUUUCAUUUGUUCUCCCCACCUUUACAGCCUCUUUGAUAGCAAUGAGCACGGGAGGGGAGUACCCCUUCCCUACCAAUUUUCCUCUCCUUGUAAUAGUUUGGGAAAAAAAUUUUUGGACAUUCUCCUGUGCCCUGCCUAUCCAUAUGUGUAGUUUGCUGGGGUGGGAUGGGAGGAAAGGGAGGGGAAGGGAUUUUAUUUAUUGACAAAUUGACUUAAACUACCACUAUCUGAGUGCUAGACACUUGGUGAAUAUAUUUGGCUUGCAAAGUGCACUGUUUGAAAGCACCGUUUACUUUAAUCGAAAAAGGAAAAAAUGAUGAGGAUGUGAUUUUUAACUUUUACAAUAACUUUUAUACUUUAGUGAUGUGGAGAGGUUGGGUCCGAAUGAUUUGCUUUUUUUCACAUACUCAGUGUUAUUUAAAAGAGAGAGAGAAAAGAAAAUGAAAACAAGCGAACACAAUUUCAUUCAUCCUCCGAGCGGUUGAUUGCUUCGGGUGAAAAAAUUUUAAUUCCCUUGGCUCUGUGUGUGUGUGUGUGUGUGUGUGUGUGUGUGUGAAAGGAGAGAGAGAGAGAGAGAGAGAGAGAGAGAGAGAGAGAGAGAGAGAGAGAGAGAGAGAGUUGCUCUUAGUGGAAAAGAAGAAAGAGGGAGGAGAGGCGAAGCGAAAUUAUUCCAAUGGGCUUCGAAUUGAGACAGUGCAGCUUUAAAACGAUCUCCAGAGGCUUUGCCACAGAAAAUGCCAAUCAAAAAUCAACGUGCACACACUCCAGUGCAGGAUCUAAUCGCUGUACAUAUUAUUAUUGUUAUUAUUAUUAUUAUUGUUCUGUAAACAUGUUGCACAAAUUUAGCCUUUUUUUGUUCCGUUUUGUGUGGCUGUAAAACAUGAUGCUUUGUGAAAUGAGAAUCUUGACAUUUUACUUGUGAAAUUUGGAAAAUGUGAUCAAUUGAAAUCAACUGUGUUUAGUGUUCUAUAUGUCAAAGUUUAGUUUUAUAUUGAGAAUGUUAACUUAUUGCUUUGUAUCUGGAAAAAACUUUGUAAAUAAGUUAUAAAGUUUCUUU